AUGAUUAAACUAUUGAUUAAUGGUUUUGUAGCAAUGCUAGUUCUCUACAAUGUUCUUCAGGCAUUCAGGGCAUGCAGGGAAGACAAGAGGGUCUAUAGGAGAUACAACAAGUAUUUCAUGGUUAUUGCAGUGUUUCUUGUUCUAGACAAUUUGUUUUCAUUUGUACUUGACUUUGUGCCGUUCUACCAGCUGUUUAAGCUUAUAUUGGUUGCAUGGAUAUCUAUACCUGCAUGCACAGGUGCUGUAUUUGUUUACAAGUUUUACAUUCGUGGGUUCAUGGACAAGUAUCAGAAUGUUCUUGAGGAGAUGGUUGAGAAAGCAAGGUCUGCUGUGUUCAGAUACUUUAAUGAGUGCUAUGCGAAGGCUCAGAAGACCUAUCGAGACCGCAAGGUUAGCGAGGUAGAAGAGGAGGCACUUGGAAUAAAGAACGAAGGCGAUGCCUCCAGGGCAUCUCCAGAUGACUCUAACAUCGAGGAUGUCUCUGAUUCAGGGUUUUCAACUAUCGAUUCAACGAUUGUAAACGAAGAAAAGCAAAACUCUAGCAUUGAUGUUAGGAUGCCGGGAAAGCCUGUUGAUGAUGCUCAGUAG